AUGGUUUUGUUAGACGCGCAAAGAGAAAUCUUUUUUAAUAAAAUAAAUGCUAUAGAAUGUGCAACAAAGUGGAAAGUGUUAGUAGUUGACAGAAAAACGGCUGACAUAAUUAAUCGGUUUACCUCUGUCCACAGACUUUUGGAGGAAAAGAUCGCGGCGGUGGAGAUUUUAGAAAAUGCAAGGACUCCUAAUUCAUCGUUUGAGGUGUUAUAUAUACUUCACUGCCAAGAUAAACUCGUCGAUUGUAUAUACAAAGACCAAGAGUAUCCAAACACUUAUCCUGGUAUUCAUAUCAUGUUUACUGAUCGAAUUAAGCCCAAUAUUGUAGACCGUUUGAAAAACUCCAAUAUCACUACAAAACUUCGUUCAGUACAGAUUGGAUAUUUGGAUUUUUAUUCUCUUGAGUCUAGAUAUUUUCAAGUGCAUGAUGAAUAUUCUGGAUUACGCCUGUAUCACCCAUCUUCUGCUCCCAUAAUUAGACAAGAAUUAUCGAAUAUCGCACAUGGCAUUCUUUCGGUUUGUGUGAGCCUUGGAAUGGCCCCCAACAUUCGGUGUUAUUAUCCUAAGUCAGCUAGACAUACAUCAAAAACGAUGUCUUUUAUUUUAGCGUCACAACUUCGUGACAUAGUUGACGAAUACUGCAAAACUCAUCCUGGAUUUCAAGAAUCUUCUCAGAAAUCCACUUGUUUAAUAGUUGACCGUUCCUUAGAUAGCGUUAGCCCUUUUGUACAUGAAUUUAGCUACCAGGCAAUGAUUCAUGAUUUACUGAAAAUUAAAGAUGAAUCUUAUCCAUUUGCUAUAAUGGGUCCAAACGGUUUAGAAACCCGAAUUGGCAAGUUAUCUGAUGAUGAUUCUGUAUAUGUUAAAAUACGGCAUAUGCAUAUGCGCGAUGCCAUUGAGAGGUUGAUGGGUGAUUUUAAUAAAUUUUGCGAAGAGAAUACUAUUUUCCUCGAUAAAGGACAAGCCACCUCCCUUAAUGACAUGCGAGGUAUGCUUGCUGGUCUUUCCGAUUUUCAAGAACUUCGAGACGAGUAUUCUCUGCAUUUGGCUAUGGCACAAGAAUGCAUGAAUCUUUUCGAAAAGGAAAAUUUACUUUCCAUUGGUGCGGUUGAGCAGGAUUUAGCUACAGGUGCCAGUCCUGAAGGAAAAACCCCUCGAAACGUACUUUACGAUUUGCUUCCUUUAUUGGACGAUAAUAAAACAUCUGAAGCAGAUAAACUUCGCCUUCUCAUCCUUUAUAUUGCUUAUAGAGACGGUGUUAUCCUUCAAGAUAUGAUGAGACUAUUCCGACAUAGUAAAUUGCCUAGUCAUCGUCAAGAGAUUCUACAAAAUUUGGAACAGCUUGGAGUACGAAAUGUAAAACGAUUAUCCGACCCUAGUACGAAACGAAAGGAGGUUGCAAAAUCACUACCUGCUGGCGAGGAGACUUAUGAGCUUUCGAGGUUUGUUCCUAAUAUUAAGACAGUUAUGGAAUCUCUGGUGCAAGAUAAUUUGGAUAACGAAUUGUUUCCUUUUGUCCGUGAUCUCAACCCAGAAACAGAGGUGGAGGUAGAGCAAACGUCUUUACGAAGCUCAAGACCAUCGUGGACUCGAUCGCGAUCCAUAGCUACGCGUAUACCUAAGGAGAAAUUUUUGGUCUUCGUGACAGGUGGUACAACCUAUAGCGAACUUCGAUCAUGCUAUGAAACUGCUGAAACACUCAAUAAAAAUAUUCUCCUUGGAAGUACAGCUUGUAAUUCGCCGAAUGAAUGGCUGGAUUUCUUCUCAAAAUUCCGAAAGACUAGGGAAGAAUUGAAAUUUCCGGAAGAUACGUCUGAGCCCAUUCCAUGUUUACAAGCUCAGCCGGGUAAAAUUGUACAGCAGCAGCAGCCGACCGUAGAUGUACCGUCAUCUCCAUUUGACAGCACAUCGCCAGCUGAUGCUUUGCCUAGCAAGGAAACUGAGAAAAAGAAGGGAAAAACAAGCAAACUUGGAAAGCUUAUCUCAACAUCAAAGAAAGAUAAAGGCAAGGACAAUGACAAAGUUUUGACGGAAUCAAACGAUAAAAAGAAGAAGAAGAAGUUUGGUGUGUUUUAA